UCUUCACCACGAAAUAGGAGGCCUGGUCCUCCUGCUGUCGCCCAUUUGGUGGUUCUUGUUUCUUCCCAGCUCUCUCUCACUUCGGAUUUUACUGGCGGGACUCGGAUUUGCAUGCAUAUUUUCUGAUUUUGUCAAACAAUAGGAAACUGGAAAUCGAUUGUUUAUGGCUGUAAAUCUUGCUGCGCCCUCUUCCUUUUUCCUACCAUUUUCUUCAUCUUCAUCCACACCUCUGCAAAUACAUCACAAUUCCACUUGCACUUUGCAGACUCGCCGCAAAUUUCAUUCCUUGGUUGUUCCCAAGCAUCCCAUUGCCUCCCUGACUUGCGCUAAUGCCUCCGUCACCUCCUCCACGGCGGCGGUUUCGGCUGAAAAGGAGGAAGUUUUGCCGCCUUUGGAUGUCAGCGAAAUUAAUCGGAAAUCGAAAAAGUGGGUGUGGAAAGGAUAUACCAUCAGUUACUUGGUUUAUCCAGAAGGCAAUAGUGAUGCUGCUGCUGUGAAUCCUCCGCUUCUUCUAGUUCAUGGCUUUGGUGCAUCAAUUGCUCAUUGGCGCAGGAAUAUUCCGACACUGGCUCAAAGUCACACAGUUUAUGCCAUUGACCUCCUAGGUUUUGGUGCUUCGGAUAAGCCAGCCGGUUUCCAAUAUUCCAUGGAGGUCUGGGCUCAGUUGAUACUGGAUUUCUUGGAUGAAGUUGUCCAAAGGCCUACUGUAUUACUGGGGAACUCUGUUGGUAGUCUUGCUUGUGUAAUUGCUGCUGCAGAAUCGAGUCGGUCCCUAGUGCGAGGGCUUGUGCUGUUCAAUUGCGCUGGUGGCAUGAACAACAAGGCUAUUGUUGAUGACUGGAGAAUAAAGCUACUCUUGCCUUUGCUUUGGCUUUUUGACUUCUUACUGAAGCAAAAAGGAAUUGCUUCUUAUUUAUUUGAUCGUGUCAGACAAAGAGAUAACCUGAGAAAUGUCUUGUUGUCCGUCUAUGGAAAUAAGGAGUCUGUGGAUGAGGACCUUGUGGAGAUUAUUAGGAAACCGGCACUGGAUGAAGGGGCUCUUGAUGCUUUUGUUUCCAUAGUUACAGGCCCCCCCGGGCCAAAUCCAAUCCAGUUGAUUCCAAAGAUCACCUUACCCGUGUUGGUCUUAUGGGGUGAUCAAGACCCAUUCACCCCAAUUGAUGGGCCUGUUGGUAAAUACUUCUCAACGUUACCUGCCCAAAUGCCAAAUGUUAACCUCUUUUUAUUGGAAGGAGUUGGACAUUGUCCUCAUGAUGACAGGCCAGACUUGGUCCAUGAAAAAUUGCUUCCUUGGCUCUCAGAGCUUCCAGUUUCAUGAGAGAUUGUUCUGUUGUGGUUGUGGAAUCCUUAUCACAAAUUGUGUAUAUGUUGCACUUAUUUGCUGUUCAUCAAUUGACCACGGAAUCAUAUUCGGAACCACCCUUAUCACAAAUUGUAUAUAUAUUGAACUUAUUUGCCGUUGAACAAUUGAUCAGGGACAGUAUCAUAUUCAGGUUUUGCA